GAAGAGCAAGUCACAACCGCCCCGGUUUAAGGCUGAGUUCUAACGUUAGCUUCAAAACAACACCCCGCUAACCUGUUUUAUUAUCACUAUUUCAAUACCUGACAGCAAGGCCAUCUUUCUGAGCUUCUCUCUACGAGUUUUGAAAGAGAAGCUGCCGUCAACGUGGCGGCUUUAUAUCUCAUAAAAUCCCAACAAGCUGCUGACCGGCUGCUAGCAGGGACACUGCCAGCGGUUGAGCGACAACAAAGAGCCUGCAGCUGCACACUGACAGGGGAGCUCACAGGGGAGCUCACAGGGUUGGACUGGGACUUUACUUUAAGCAGGCUGACAUGACGGGGGUGGCCUCUCCGGAGAAGGCGUCAAGCUCCAAGAAGAAGAGCGAGAGGAAGUGUGCCACCAAAGAGGAGUACAGACAGCUGUCUAGCAUCAUGGGAGUCAUGAACAACCUGAGGAAACAGGGUACCCUCUGUGAUGUGACCCUGGUGGUUCAGGGGAAACACUUUCCUGCCCACAGAGUAGUGUUGGCUGCUGCCAGCCACUUCUUCAGCCUCAUGUUCACCACCAGAAUGAUGGAGUCGAUGUCUCACGAGGUGGAGCUCAGGAGUGCUGAGCCUGAGAUCAUUGAGCUGUUGAUUGAAUUUAUCUACACAGCUCGGAUCUCGGUGAACAGCAGCAACGUCCAGUCGUUGCUGGAUGCAGCCAACCAGUACCAGAUUGAGCCUGUGAAGAAGAUGUGUGUGGAGUUCCUUAAAGGACAGAUUGAUGCAACAAACUGCCUUGGUAUUUCCGCCCUGUCAGACUGUAUGGACUGUCCCGAGCUGAAGGCAGCAGCAGAGGACUUCUUCCAGCUCCACUUCACCGAAGUCUACAAACUGGACGAGUUCCUGCAACUUGACGUCACACAGCUCACACAUCUGCUGCACCAGGACAAGCUCACUGUUCGUGCUGAGGCCCAGAUUUAUGAUGCUGCAGUGCGCUGGCUGAAGUACGAUGUGUGUAACCGGCAACAGUACAUGGUGGAGGUGUUGGGGUGCGUUCGCUUUCCUCUGGUCUCCAAAACCUUCCUCUCCAAGACAGUGCAGGCUGAGCCCCUCAUCCAGGACAACCCACAGUGCCUCAAGAUGGUUAUCAGUGGGAUGCGCUACCACCUGCUGUCCCUGGAGGAUAGGGAGGAUCUGGGAGAGAGCAGCCGACCCCGACGCAAGAAGCACGACUACCGCAUCGCUCUGUUUGGGGGCUCCCAGCCUCAGUCCUGCCGUUACUUUAACCCCAAGGACUCCAGCUGGACAGACAUCCGCUGCCCGUUCGAGAAGCGCCGGGACGCCACAGCUGUCUUCUGGGACAACGUGGUCUACAUCCUGGGUGGCUCACAGCUCUUCCCCAUCAAACGCAUGGACUGCUAUAACGUCCUGAAGGACAGCUGGUACUCCAAGCUGGGUCCGCCAACACCUCGUGACAGCCUGGCAGCCUGCGCCGCCCAGGGCAAGAUCUACACAUCUGGAGGGUCAGAAGUGGGAAGCUCUGCCCUCGACCUUUUCGAAUGCUACGACACAAGAACAGAGUCGUGGCAGGUGAAAACCAGCAUGCUGAUGGCUCGCUGCAGCCACGGCUCAGUGGAGGCCAACGGGCUCAUCUACGUCUGCGGAGGAACGGUGGGCAACAACGUGUCCGGCAGGGUCCUCAACAACUGUGAGGUUUACGACCCCAACACGCAACAAUGGAGGGAGCUUUGUGGGAUGAGAGAGGCCAGGAAGAACCAUGGGGUGGCAGUGGUCAACAACAGGAUCUAUGCUGUUGGAGGGCAGGGGGCACUGGGUGGACUGGACUCAGUGGAGUAUUACGACAUUGCCAGUAACGAGUGGCGCGCUGCCUCUGCAAUGCCGUGGCGAGGCGUAACGGUGAAGUGCGCAGCGGUCGGUGACGUCAUCUAUGUCCUAGCGGGAUUCCAAGGUGUGGGACGUCUCGGACAUGUCCUGGAGUACCACACUGACGCUGACAGGUGGGUGACUUGCAGCAAGGUGCGAGCGUUUCCCGUCACCAGCUGCCUGAUCUGCGUGGUCGACACGUGUGGAGUUAAUGAAGACGAAGACAUGGACCUCAUAGACUCUCAGUCACACGCUGCAGCCGCUGCCUCUUCAUCUGCCCCAACCUCAUCAUCCUCAUAGGACGAGAGAUUUAGUGUAUAUUAAGAGUUGAUGUUUGGUGAAAGUCGACUACGGAGAUGAUUUACAUAACACAAGGCCUGAGUUGUCUUCUUUUACUACGUCCAGCAGUCUGUUUAACAUUUAACUUUGUCAGACAAGGGGACUUUUAAUAACAGAGGAUUGUUAGGUUACUCAGACUGGCUUAAUAAUUUUAUUAAAUGUUUUUUGUCUUUCUUUUAAAAACUUUUUUUCUUAACAUUGUAAUGUUCUUUUUGCAGAGUGUAGAUAUAUUGCAUUUAUCUGGUUAUGUUGUGUAUAUAUUUAUAUGGGUGCUUUGGUAACACACUGAAACUUACAGCUGGACACUACAGAGAAUGAGUAAACAUUUUAUUCUCAGUCAUAUGUGGUUACAAGUAAAAAUUUGCUGAACGUGACCAUUUAAAAAAAACAGGAAGUUGAUUUAUAUAUUUUAAUAUACAAAGAAGAGUAAACAUGAGCACCAAAUUCAUUAUCGUAUUAAGGCAAAUAUUAAAAUGGCAUAAGAUUUCAUGAGUUGCUCAUUAAGAAUGACACUAGCUGCCAUACCACUGUAUGAUGGGGAGACAAUUGAAGUGCAUCUGCUGGCCUGGAGAUGAUAAAAUAAGACGUCUCUACAUUCACUGUUUAAAUCUUGUGUUAGUAUAAAGAGUAAAAGUGUUAUGUUUAACUGUUGCAAUGACAUUACUUUAAUAAAAGCGCUUAUAAAUCUGCUAAAA